UGCCAAGUGGCGAGCCAAGUGGGGCCGUAAUAUAGCCGUAACGUUUGUUGUGGGCUGUCUGUGUGGGAUGGAUUUACUUACUUUGCGCCCCUCGUUGUAAACGGUUGCAGUUCGAAGAAAUUUGGGUGUUUUCUACGAGGCACCCUCGUCUGUCUGCGUUUGCUGGUCUGUCAAUUUGAGUGAUGAAUAUCAGCAUUACUGACAUCUGCCAGAACACCCGGAUGGGCCGGGAGUGUGCCCUGCUCGGUAACUACGAAUCUGCGAUUGUCUACUACCAGGGUGUCGUUCAACAAAUCCACCGCUUGCUGCAAACAAUCAAUACGGAUCCCGUUAGAAAGGACCGCUGGCAGCAGAUCCAACAGCAGAUAGCACAGGAAUAUGAAUAUGUCAAAGACAUCCAGGCUGUGCUUAGCAGCUUCCGCUCGGACGGCCACAUCGACCAACGCAUUCCUACAAACCCUGUCGGGUACGACCCAGAUGCUCUGGACCCUGAAGCUUGGUUGGCGCCCAGGGACCCCGAUGUAUGGCCAGCACCUACGCCAGUGGAACACAAGCCCGGCCCCUCUGUGCGCCAAGUAAGCCGGGGGAGGCGCGCUGAGACAUCACGGGCGUCUAGCAACCGGAGCAGCGGGACAGUGGCCUGCAAGUCGAGUGGAGCCACUCUAAAGCGUAGCACGGAGACGAAAACAUCCACUCGCAAGGAAGAAAAGGCCAAGAAGGAUGCCAAAAGAGAAGACUCCUCCAAGGAAGAGAAAACAGAACCAGAGGAGAAAAGAUUCGAUGGAUCGGGCUACGACAGCGACCUGGUGGAGAUGCUCGAGCGGGACAUCCUACAAAAGAAUCCAGGAGUGCGCUGGGAUGACAUUGCCGACUUACAAGAAGCCAAGAAAUUGUUAGAAGAAGCAGUCGUGCUCCCUAUCUGGAUGCCAGACUUCUUCAAAGGCAUACGAAGACCAUGGAAGGGUGUGCUUAUGGUUGGCCCACCUGGGACUGGCAAGACCAUGCUGGCCAAAGCGGUAGCAACCGAGUGUGGCACGACUUUCUUCAACGUGUCGUCCUCCACGCUUACUUCCAAGUACAGGGGAGAAAGUGAGAAGCUUGUUCGACUCCUCUUUGAAAUGGCUCGAUUUUAUGCCCCGGCAACCAUCUUCAUAGACGAAAUUGACUCUCUGUGUUCACGUCGUGGCUCGGACUCUGAGCACGAAGCAAGCCGUCGCGUCAAGUCUGAGCUACUCAUUCAGAUGGAUGGUAUUACAAAUAAUGAUGAGCCGAGCAAAGUGGUAAUGGUCCUGGCUGCAACUAACUUCCCUUGGGACAUUGACGAAGCUCUCAGGAGGCGUCUGGAGAAGCGUAUCUACAUACCACUUCCAAAUAGUUCUGGACGUGAAGCGUUGUUGAAGAUCAACCUACGAGACGUAGACGUAUCCCCAGACUUGGACGUCAAUACCAUUGCUGCCCAACUGGAUGGCUACUCUGGAGCUGACAUAACAAAUGUCUGCAGGGAUGCCUCUAUGAUGGCCAUGAGGAGGAGAAUCAGCGGCCUCACUCCAGAAGAGAUACGCAACCUCUCCAAGGAAGAACUGGAGCUUCCCGUUAGUGUCGAUGACUUUGCAGAAGCCGUGCGAAAAAUUAACAAGUCUGUGAGCAAAGAAGACCUGGAGAAAUAUGAGAAGUGGAUGGCAGAGUUCGGCUCUACAUGAAUUUCCACCCAGUGGGAACGUACUGUGAUGAACUUCCUGGGACAGAGGCAAUCCUACAACACUGUUGCUUUGCCCAAGAGGAAGUACGAUAACAAUCACACAGGUGGUCAACUCAACACCCAAACUGCUUUCCGUCCAUCAGUUUUUGCUAAGAUACGUAACAUUUUUUGUAUCAAUCAAUCCCAGCGUGGAGGCUAUGUAGCAUCCAAGAUAGCUGUCGCUUACGUAUGCUAAGCAUACGACAAUAACAUAUAUUUAUAUCGGAGCAAUAUGUGCUAUUUUACUUCAUAACAUUGUAUUUAUUUUUGUAAACAAUUUUUUAAGUAGAAAUCUUGCUUUGCAAUCCAAGAAUAUGUGGUAUAUAUAUAAUAAUAAAAAGCAGUUAGUACUA